AUGAGUGAUAAUAGUACUACAAAAGUAACAACAAAUGAUUCACCAUCAUUAACUACAACAACAUCAACAACAACAGCACCAACAACAACAACUACAACAACAACAACACCAACUCAUAAUCAUGAUACAACAAUUGCACCAGGUGUUGUUAAAAAAGUUUAUACAUCUGGUCGUCCACCAUGGUAUGAUUCAAAAGGUAAUUUAAAAAAUCCUUUAGUAAUUGGUGUUUGUGGUGGUAGUGCUAGUGGUAAAACUACAGUUUGUGAUAAAAUCAUUGCAAACUUAAAUGUCCGUUGGGUAGUUUUAUUAUCAAUGGAUUCAUUCUAUAAAAAUUUAUCAAAAGAUAAUGAUCCUUCAAAAUAUAAUUUUGAUCAUCCAAAUGCAUUUGAUUAUGAUUUAAUGGUUAAAACAAUUAGUGAAUUAAGAGCAGGUAAAAAAGUUAAUAUUCCAAAAUACUGUUUUAAAACACAUAGUAGAUUAGUACAUCAAGAUACAGUUUAUGGUGCUGAUGUUAUUAUUUUAGAAGGUAUUUUAACAUUAUACUCAAAGGAAUUAAGAGAUUUAAUGGAUAUUAAAAUUUUCAUAGAUACUGAUGAUGAUGUUCGUUUAGCAAGAAGAUUAAAAAGAGAUAUCGCUGAAAGAGGUAGAACUUUAGAAAGUGUUUUACAUCAAUAUAAUACAUUUGUUAAACCAUCAUUUGAUGAUUAUAUCAUUCCAUUAAAAAAAUAUGCAGAUAUUAUUGUGCCAAGAGGAUCAGAUAAUAUUGUUGCAAUUAAUUUAUUAACAAAUCAUAUUAGAUUAAAAUUAAAAGAGAGAGGAUUUGAUCCAGAAAAGACAGCACAAUUGGAUUUGGAGGGAUUGGAAUUACCAAGUUCAAUUCAUGUAAUUAAGGAAACUAAUCAAAUUAAAGCAAUGCUUUCAAUACUUAGAAAUAAGGAUACCAAAGUCGGUGAUUUCGUUUUCUAUUCUGAUCGUUUAUGUUCAUUAAUCAUUGAAGAGGCUUUAACUUAUUUACCAUUCACUGAAAAGAUUGUUACUACUCCAACUGGUUCACUUUAUCAUGGUGAAGAAUUAAAUAGUAGAAUUUGUGCUUUAGUUGUUUUAAGAGCUGGUGGUUGUAUGGAACAACCACUUCGUUCAAUUUGUAAAGGUAUUAGAACUGGAAAAGUUUUAAUUCAAUCUGAUGAAAUGAAAAAACCACAUUUAUUCUAUGAAAAAUUACCAAAUGUUACAGAUUCUCAUGUUUUAGUUUUAGAUCCAACAAUUGCAACUGGUGCAUCAUCAGAGAUGGCAAUUAGAGUUUUAUUAGAUCAUGGUGUUCCUGAAAAUAAAAUUAUAUUUGUUAGCGUUAUUGCUUCACUCAAAGGUAUUUUAUAUUUAAAUUAUAGAUUCCCUGAUGUUCAAUUCGUAGUUAGUGCCAUCGAUAAAGAAUUAUCUGACGAAGGUUUCAUUUUACCUGGUUGUGGUUUUUAUUCAAAUCGUUAUUUCGGAACCCACUAA